AUGGGAAACGCUUUUUAUACGAAUAAGGGUACCGCUGAGGUAUGCCAUGCUACGCUGGACACAUGUAAAUCAAUGUGUCCAUCGGAUUGUAUGUUUGUUGACAAAUGUAAUGGACUCACCAAUCAAUAUGCCUGCGUAAUUGUCGAUUCUAGAGUGCUGAUGUGGCUAAUCCUCAUCAGUUUUAUUAUCACUGUUUGUUGCUGUUCCGGUCUAGUCGCUUGCUAUGUGUGUAAAGCUUUCAGACAUUCUUUCCGCUAUUCGCAAAGAACCGAAAAUGAUAUCGUCUUCAAUCAACCCGGUCGCGUGCAUCACGUACAGUACGAUGUCCCGCAGCGAUAUAGCCAUGGUCCGAAAGGCCGUCAU